AUGUAUGGAUCGUCCGCCUUUGUAGUGUGCCGCUUCCUCAAUUUGCAUAAUAUACAACAUCAUAGCGCUGCUGCAGCUGCUGCUAUUGUGGAUGGCACUGCUACUAUUACUGCUACUGCUGGAAGUAGCGCUGCUGCAAUUACUGCCGUUGUUGGUAGUGGCCCGGACGCUAUCACUGCUACUCCUAUUGGUGGUGGCACUUCUGCUGCUAUUAAUGGUGGCACUGCUGCUAUCGCUGCAGGCACCGCUACUGCUGUAGGUAGUAGCGCUGCUCCGAUCGCUGCUGCCAUUGGUGGUGGCCCUGCCACUGCUGUUGAAAGCACUGCUACUGCUGUUGGUGAUAGCGCUGCUGCUGUUGGUGAUGGCCCUGCUACUAUCGGUGCUACUGCUAUUAGUGGUAGAGCUCCUGCUAUCGCUGCUACUGCUGAAGGCACUGGUACUGCUAUUGGUAGUGGCACUGCUGCUGUAGCUGCUGCUUUUUAA